CUGACGUGGGCCUCCCUUUCGCGUCCCCGUCCCUCUUCCACUCUCCAACUCUCACCGCCACAUACACCACUCGUACUCACUGACAUGUGGGCCCUCCAAGGGAUGGCCCCACGUGUCCGCGUCUAAGGGGGAGGAACCCCGACCGUUUCGUGGUGGGCCCCACCCGCUCCACGCCGUUUUGCGGAUAAAUACCACAUGGAGACCACACGUUUCGGUGGAGAGGAAGCAGUGAAAGAUUAGCGGCGGUGCAAGAGAAGAGGAGAGAGCGAGACGUCGCCUGCGAUGACACCGGCCUCACCCGCCGCCGACACCGUCAUCGCCGCCGCAGCCGCAGCCGUAGCCACCGUCCGGAGCGAGGAGGGAGAGCGCCACACGGCGCCGAGCGCCGCCACCGUCCCCGCCUACGCCGUCUGGGAGAAGGAGCGGUAAGGAGAGAGGAGUAGCCGUCGUCGUCGUCGUCGACAUGGAGGUGGAGGCAGCCAGGUGCGAGUGCUGCGGCUUCACGGAGGAGUGCACGCCGCGGUACAUCGCGGCGGUGCGGGAGGAGUACAUGGGGCGGUGGGUGUGCGGCCUCUGCGCGGAGGCCGUGGGCGACGAGAUCCGCCGCGCCGGCGCCGGGAAGGCCACCAUCACCACGGCGGAGGCGCUCGACCGGCACGUUGCGUUCGCGCGCUCCGCCGCGCCGCGCGCGGGGGGCGCCGCGGCGGAGGACGACCUCGUCGCCGCCGUCUCGAGGCUGCUCCGCCGCUGCCUCGACUCGCCACCGGCGUCCCCGGCCGCGCCACCGCCGCCGCCGCAGGGGAGGAAGGUCGCCGCGGGGUCCGGAUGCCCCGGCGGCGGAGACGACGACUGAUUCAUUGCUUGCUUUCCCGGCCGGCGGCGAAGCUUGCCACAAUGAUUGGGAUGUUGAGCUCGUCAAUGGCGAGUUUAUUAUUGAAUCAAUUAAUAAUAAAUUAAGAAUAAACUUGGGAGCAUGUGUAGAUUGGCUCUCAAAGAAUAAUAAUAAUAUGUGAUCUGAUUGAUGAUUGCUCGAGAGAGGAGCAUGAUUAAGCUCCGUGUGAUCGAGCAUGAAGUUGUGUGUGUAGCAUUGCAAUUUGUAACUGUGUCCAGUUGUUUUGGACACCGUUCAAUUGGAUAUUAAUUGUGGCCACCUUGUAAAUUAGUAGUAGUUGAAAACAUUGUAUUAGAGCUGUAAGUUUCGUUGUACCAUGUUUGUACAUGGGGUUUGUAAUGUUAGCUAUUCAAAAAUCCAUGUUUAUGUACUCUCUUCGCUUGUGCUAUAAUUCCUCUGAAAUGAA